AUGGAGAACCAGAAGAUCUCCGACUUCCUGGCCGAGCAGCUGCAACAAGCUCCCGAGCAGUGCCAGGCCUUCUUCCUCAGCUUCGAAGACUACUGGGAGCGCAAGUUAUGGCAUCAGCUUACCAACGCCCUGAUCGACUUCUUCCGUCUACCAGAGAGUGCGCCCCAGCGACUACCGAUAUUCAAGACCUUUGUUCUGAGCUUCGCCGAGCGGAUCAACCAGCUCAAGUUCGUCUCGCUGGGGUUGAUGGCAUCGACACAAUGUGCCGAUGACCAAGAACGCCUCGCUUUCCUCACCUCCCUCGCCGACAAAGUCAACAAACCCGACACACAAGACGCCUACAUCUACGCCCUCGCGGACGUCGCCAACGUCAAGCAACGGCUGAACAACCUCGAUGGAGCGCAGAAGGACCUCGAGACAUGCCAGAAGGUGCUCGACACCUUUGACUCGGUCGAGACGGUUGUACAUGCUUCCUUCUACAAAGUCAACGCCGAGUACUACCACGCCAAGCAAGAAUUCGCCAGCUUCUACAAAAACGCCCUCCUCUACCUUGCGUGCAUCAACCUCGAGGACCUCAGCGAAGCCGAGCGUGUGUCGCGCGCCUACAACCUCAGCGUGGCGGCGCUCGUCUCCGACUCGAUCUACAACUUCGGCGAGCUUCUCCUGCACCCGAUCCUGGACUCGCUCACGGAGACGCAGCACAACUGGCUGCGCGACCUCCUCUUCGCCUUCAACCGCGGCGACCUGACCGCCUACGACGUGCUGGCCGGCAACAUCGCCAAGAACGACCUGCUUGAGCAGCACCGCCUCUUCCUCUACCAGAAGAUCUCGCUCUCCGCCCUCACCGAGAUGGUCUUCCGCCGCCCCCCGCACGACCGCAACCUCACCUUCGCCGCCAUCUCCGCCGAAACAAAGGUCAAGACCGACGAGAUCGAGCACCUCAUCAUGAAGGCCCUCUCGCUGGGCUUGCUGAAGGGCGCCAUCGACCAGGUCGCGCAGGUCGCUCAGAUCAACUGGGUCCAGCCCAAGGUGCUCGAUAUGAACCAGAUCGAGGGCAUGCGGAAUCGCCUGAAGGAUUGGGAUGCCGGGGUGAACCAGCUGGGGUCACUGGAUCGAGGGUGUUGGCAAGGAUGUGUGGGCUGCAUAGUUGACACGACAGUCCCUUGUCCUGCCGUUUCUAUGCUGGGCUUUGCAAAGAUAUGA